AUGUAUCGUCAGAUCCUCAUUAGCGAUGCAGACCGAGAUUACGUACGCAUUUUAUGGCGUUUCAAUCAAGAAAAUAGUAUCGAAGAGUAUCGUCUGCGUACUGUCACAUACGGAACGUCAUCGGCUCCAUUUCAAGCGAUCCGAACAUUACAACAUCUGGCCACACUUUGCAAACUCACACAUCCCAUUGCAUCACAAGUUAUACACUCCGACACCUUUGUCGAUGAUAUUCUUACUGGUGCAGAAUCUAUACAAUCAGCUCUAAACAUCCAAGAUCAAUUAACAAAAUUACUCUCAAGUGGUCAUUUUAUACUCCGAAAAUGGGCCAGCAACGCUCCUGAGGUAGUCAAUGCUGUUCCAGAAGAAGCACGCUCCACGUUAUCUUCAGUUAGCUUUGAUGACGAGUCUGAAACAGGACUGAAAGUGCUCGGCUUACAUUGGGAUCCAAGACAUGACCACUUUCGUUACACAAUCCGAUAUUUAGAUGUCAAACCUACGAAGCGAAAUGUGCUGUCUGAAAUAGCACGCAUUUUCGAUCCACUUGGUCUUUUAUCUCCUGUCACAUUUCUCACCAAACACUUGAUGCAGGUACUGUGGAUAGCAGGAAUUGGUUGGGAUGAUGUCAUUCCAAGCAAUGCUCAUAACAUAUGGCAACAGUAUCGAGACCAGUUACCAUGCCUCCAAGAACUCCGUAUACCCAGACGCAUCACGACUGACACCAACGAUUCAAUUAAACUGCACGCCUUCUCCGACAGUUCGGAAAAAGGGUACGCAGCUGCCAUAUAUCUACGCACAAAAUCAUCUACCGGUGUCGUAUGUCACCUAGUCACAGCAAAAUCUAAGGUGGCCCCACUCAAACGCGUCACCAUUCCACGCAUUGAACUGUGUGGCGCACUACUCGCGGCAAAACUGCUGAAAUCCGUUAUUGAUGUGUUGUCUCCGGUCAUUGACAUUACAUGCACACAUGCCUGGACAGACUCAAUGACUACAUUAGCAUGGAUAAAGUCAUCCCCACACCGUUGGACAACAUUUGUCGCCAAUCGAGCAGUCAAUUACAGGAUCUCACAACACCUUCCAUAUGGAGGUAUGUCCCGACUAAGGUUAAUCCAGUUGACUGUGCGUCGAGAGGUCUCUUUCCAUCUGAACUUCUCAACCAUCCACAAUGGUAGGGAGGACCUGAGUUCUUAUAUGAUGAACACACCAGCUGGCCCAAAACCCAUUCCAUACCUGACGAAAACAAAAGCCAACCAGAGUCCCGACUCACGAUUUAAGCAACCCUAUCCAGCAACAACCGCUUUAAACCCUACGGAACAACAUAAGGCUCUAGAUGCCAUCAUCAAAGCAGUCCAGUGGUCCGCAUUCAACGACGACAUACGCCUACUAACAGCAAAUAAGCCAUGUAGCACUCACCUACGGAGACUCAGCCCAUUUCUGGAUGCAUCUGGUAUUCUUCGAGUUGGUGGACGAAUUCUACAUGCAUCAAUCCCGUAUGAACAAAAACAUCCUGCCUUGGUUCCAAAGAGGCAUCCAUUUACGUCAAUACUGAUUCACCACUACCACAAGGAAAACUGUCAUCCAGGCCCAACCACAUUGCAACAACUCAUUCAACAACGGUUCUGGAUAAUCUAA